ACCCCAUCAUGGCGCUGCGGCGGCCGGAGCUGCUCCGGCUCCUGCUCCUGCCCCUGCUCGGCUGCAGACUCUUGGCUGUGGAGCUGACAUCCAGCAACACCAAGCCCGUGGUGCAGGAAUUCCAAAGUGUGGAGUUGUCCUGCAUCAUUAAAUCCACGGUGACGCCAGAUCCCAGAAUCGAGUGGAAGAAAAUCCGGAAUGGAGAAACCUCUUACGUGUUUUUUGGCAACAAAAUGCAGGGAGACUUUGCGACUCGGGCAGAGAUCCUGAGCAGGACAUCCCUGGUGAUCAAGAACACCACGAGGAUGGACACGGCCACGUACCGCUGCGAGGUGGCCGCGCCCUCUGACACCAAAACCAUCGACGAGAUCAACAUCCAGCUCACAGUCCAAGUGAAACCCAUGACUCCCAGAUGCUCUGUGCCUAAAGCUGUCCCUGUAGGCAAGUCAGCCUCUCUUCACUGCCAUGAGAACGAAGGUUUCCCCAAGUCCACCUACAGCUGGUACCGCAACAGCGAACCCCUGUCAGCCGACAGCAAAUCCAAACCCCACAACUCCUCCUACACCCUGAACCCUGCCACAGGCACUCUGGUUUUCCAUGCAGUGCACAAAGGUGACACAGGGCGUUACUCCUGCAUAGCAACAAACGAGGCUGGCUUUGCCAAGUGUGAGGAGCAGGAGAUGGAAGUCUAUGAUCUCAAUAUUGGUGGGAUAAUCGGGGGAGUCCUGGUGGUCCUUGCAGUCCUGGUGCUCAUCACUUUUGGGAUCUGCUGUGCCUACAGAAGGGGAUACUUUGCAAAUGGCAAAGAGAGUGGGGAAAGCUACAAGACUCCAGCAAAGCCUGAUGGCGUUAACUAUAUCCGGACAGAUGAUGAGGGCGACUUCAGACACAAGUCUUCGUUUGUCAUCUAAGACGCCAAAAGGAGAUCGCAAACCAGCAAAAGCAAGUGUGAAAAUACCUCCUCCAGGAACUCAAAGCAAGAGCAAAAGAUGAAUUAAGUGCGCUUGGAAGAGUUUGGAACACACAAGAACUCGAUAGCUAGCUAUCUGUAUAUCUUUUUUUUCUUUGCCAAAGUUUAAAGUAACUCCUCACUGCCUGACUCGCGUCUCCCCUGCCUCUGGAGAUACCAACAGGAUCACCCCAACCUGUCCUUGGACUGAGGAAGGCUUUCAGUCCUUCCCAAGAGACUGGGCUGUGUGAAGUUUGUGGAAUUGCCUUCUCUUUGUGCUGCAGGGCCACGGCCACAACGUGCAAACCCAGCAGGGGCACAGCAUUAGGUAAACCUGUAAUAGAUGAGCAGCAAUGUGUUACCAGUAGACACAAAAAAAGGGUGCUGACACAGCAGUAGAUGGACUUCAAAGAAUGAAUUUGGGGGAUUUCCUCCCAAGAAUGCAUUGCCCAGGCCUGGCUGGUGACUUUUCCACAUCUGUGAUUGUCUUGUGCUCAGGUGCCCAGCCACCAGCGACAGUGAAACCACCACUAAUGCCCUCAGCCCUGUGUAAAUCCCCAAAUGCUUUGUUGGACAGGGGCAGGGCAGUGCCUGUGCUCCCUGCACCCAGGUAACCCCUGGUUCUAAUCUGCACAAAGCAGGCUUGGCUCCUGUGUCCUUCCGUGGGCAAAGAGGCUUACAGGGGAGGCAGGGAGCCACUGCUAAGACAUCCCUUUCAGGAAAAUUAAAGCCAAAUAAUUUCCUGGGCUGAGAUUGCCAUAAAAGGUACUGAGAGAUUCCUCCAGCUUUUUUUACCUUCUCCGUUUAUUUUGUAAAACCCCCCCCAGCCUUCUAAAUUUUUUGCAAAGAUCUAUUUUGAUUACUUCAGAAAAAGGUAACAUUUCUAUUUAAAAGUGUAAAUAUGUGAUGCCAGCAGCGUUUGAGUAACGGAGCUAUUUUUUUACUGUUGAAGCUACAGGAGAGGAGCUCACACGUUGCUAUAGUGUGGCACUGUCAGAGCAUAUCAGUAUUAGUGCAAAGUGUAACAAAAAGCUGCAGGUGGAACAGCAUCUCUUUCCUCUUCAGCCAGCUUCAGCCAUUUCCUUGUCACAAGAGGUCUUACCAGACACAGAACAGAGUCACUCAGGGAUAGUUUUUGUAAAUUUAUGGCAGGAGCUAUCAACUUUUUUAUAUGAAAAAAAAAAAAAAUUUCUUGCCAGUGACCAGCUUUGUUUUUGUCAUUGCAAGAAAUAGCCAGGAUGGCUUUUGGACUCAGUUCCAAAGAGGUGACAGAGUGACUUCAGUGUUUGCUGCCCCUCUGCAAGUUCCCUAAAGCACUAACACAGUGUGACAGCUACAGCAGCUUGGCAGGGUUAAACCACAUGGCCAAGGCCACUGUUUCUGGGCUUGGGAAAGCAAAAGCUCAACACAAAAGCACUUUUACAGUGUCAGAUGAAAUUCUUCUCUAGAUGGUAAAGGAAAAAAAAGAAAAAAGGAAGAAGCAAAACCAACCAAAUUUGGUUCUCUUGGCUUUAGAGAGAAUUGAUGGGGAAUAUUUUGUUUCCCAAAAUAUCCACGUUGAUAGUGUUGAACAGCAUUGGGUGAGACCAGGCUGCAAGAUGUGGAUGCAACACUAGGACUGUGCUGUGGUUUAGGAAGUUUUUUAAUGUAGCAGAAUUUAGUGUUCUUGUAUUUCCAAUAUGAAUUGAGUUGUCUUAACUUUUUCCUGUACACAGUAUUUUGGAUACUUGACAAUUUGGACUGUCAGUGUUAUUUUUUUCGUGUACUGCUUUACUCUGCUUUGUCUCCUGGAGCCCUCGCUGGACAUGCCAUUGCUGCAUUUGUUCCACCCCAACAAAGCAUUGCCACCUGUCCCUUUGCCAGGGGAAGCAAAGGCAACAAUGGGGCAGCCCCAGCCGGGUGUUCUCUGUGUAACUCACCCAUCACCAAUAUCCUGCAGCUUCUCCCUGGUUACCUUCUUAAUGCCAGCUCUUCAUCCAACCACCCGGUGCUGAUUGCUGCCUCUAAUUGCUCUGACAUUCCUCUGCAUCCCACUGCUCCUCUGUGCUGCUUUCAGGGUACCUCAAUAAAGGAGAGAGAGGAAAGGGUUGGACCAGGGUAGCUCUGGGAGCACAAUCUGCAAACCAGCAGAGCUAGGAAUCCAAACUUCAUUUUAUUAUUUUUCCCCCAGUUCUAAAAUGCACAGUGGCAUCUCUAACGAGAGAAAGGGGAGAGGAUCCUUCCCCUACCCAGCUCGUGAGAGCUGAUGGAUGAAUUCAUUGUAUCAUUGUGAAUAAUAUUCAGGUUUGUACUAAUGUAUUACCUUUUAACUUUGCCAAGAAUGUUUUACAUAAAUACCAGGCUAUAAAGCGUUCUUGUAGGGGUUUUUGUUUGGGCUUGGUGGUGGUUUUCAAGCAGCCAAAUUAUGGGAAGCUCCUGUUUUCAAUUCAGUGAAAUGAGGGAAAGUCUCUCCUGUCAGAGCACUCUCAGUGGAUGGAGGUGACAAAGUCCAGGGCUGUUUAUCAGUUUAUUCUUGGACAUUUGCUCCUGGUUCUUUUCUAGAGAAGACAGGUUAAAACUCACAGGGCUCAUCUCAGACACUGCUCGAGGACAAAACUAAAAGCAGGAAAUAAACAAUCCAAAUUUACCCUUCAGAGUGGUUAAAUAAUAGCUGAAGGCAGGACAGAAGGGACAGAAAUAAAUGGUUUGGCCAUAGCUUCAGCCAAAGCCAUUCCAUACAUCCUCUGUUCUCUGACUUUGAUUUUGGGAAUAAAGUUUAACCUCACUUGAAGGCUUCUCUGAUCUUCAAAAGAGAGUAGGGAAAGUGGAGGCAAAUGUUGGGAUUCCAGUGCAGGAGCAAAGUGCCUCUGUUUCCACUCCUGCAGCAAACCCUGCUCCGUGCCUGGGGCUGGUGUCUGACUUGGGCAAACCAGCAGGAAUAAAACAGAUCCCAGCUCCAGGUUUCAAUGAAAUCUAGGCCAUGAGCUCUGUGAUAAAAGCUAAAACCAGGAAAACUUCAGUGAGGUGCACGUGGCCAUCAGGGAGACUCAGGAAGGGUCAGAUUUACCCAGGAUAUUUGUGAUAAACAAGGCACUUACCCACCUUGUCUGAGUCACUCAUACCCUGCUUGCAGCCAAGUCAAAGCCUCUAUUUAAAAGCUGCUGGGCCAACAUUAAUUGAACUGAGGGCCCAAGAUACCAAUGAUGUGGUAGAAGAGACUGAGAAGCUGUAGAAAUCUACAGGGGAAAAAAAAUAAAAUAAUUUUUCUGUCAGCUGAAGAAAAGGGGAGACGCCGUGGGUGGAAUUAAUUCUGCAACCAUUUAUUUUCAUCAAAUGCUAAUAGUUGGAAAUAACACAGUUCAAGAAUGGAAAUAUUCCAUAUAAAAAGAACAUUAAGGCUGUUCAUACACACAGGAGUUUGCACAACAAAUAAGAGGUGAUGUAGCGUGCAAUUACCAGAUUUAGGGGUGUGGCAGUGACAAGCUGUUUCACCUUUUUUCGAAUUAAAGCAACUCUAUUAUAAAACCGAGAGGGACAAUGAGGGACUGGGUGAGCAAACUCACUGCCCUGCAAGCUGUGAUAAAUGAAUUUAUUGCCAAGCUCGUGGUGACAUUAUGCCCUUACUUUUCCAAAUGGACAAAUUACACAUCCAGAGAGUGAAAAGCCACCCUCCUGUCACUC